CAGUGAGAGGCGAGCCACCACCCCCUACACACGCACUCACGGCUGGCACUCCCUCGGGACUCCGGUGAUAGGAACUGACUGAGUUCGUCCCCUUCCCUACCCUAGCCGAGACAUCCUGUCCUAGACCCGUACACCUGUGUCCCGUGCCUGCCUGCAGACCGCAGUGUCGCCCCCUCCGCCACCGCCACCGCUGCCGCUACUCCCCCCUAGUUUCCUGUUCCGGUCCUAUUGUCCACGGUGCGUGACGUGACGUGACGUCAGAUUGUUUAGUAGCUGCGCGACCGCCGACCAGUCAGGUUGUCAGUGCCGCCGAGCUAACCGUCGCGUCGCCGAGUGUUCGUGUGUUCAUGUACUGCCGUGGCGUGACAGUGGAGGUGACAGUGGCUUGACGACAGACUCACCGAUCGUGGAUACCCUCAGUUUAAAGCGGGUGAGGACUUCUAUCGGAGGAGCGGCUACGGUGACUCCUCCGCCUUCUGCCCCCGGGUCCCCCGCAUUCAAGAGACGCAACACUAUGAACAUGCAGACAGAGGGGACCGUCGCGCUCUGUCAGAGCAUGGACUCUGUCAACACCGCUACUGGGGAGGAAGAGGUCCGAACGUUGUUUGUCAGUGGCCUUCCUAUGGAUGCAAAACCGAGGGAACUUUACCUGUUAUUCAGGGCCUACGAGGGGUAUGAGGGCUCGUUACUGAAAGUGACAAGCAAGAAUGGAAAAACAGCGUCUCCAGUCGGUUUUGUCACGUUCAACACCAGGGCAGGGGCAGAAGCAGCUAAACAAGAUCUUCAGCAGGGUGUCCGGUUUGAUCCCGAUAUGCCCCAGACGAUUCGACUCGAGUUUGCCAAAAGCAACACCAAGGUUAGCAAGCCCAAACAGCCCGUCGCUAGCCUCACCACCACGCACCCAACUUUGAUGCACCCUCUCACAGGACAUUUGGGCACCCCAUACUUCACCGGUGCGCCUGACCUCUGGCCUCACCCGCUGGCAUACGCCGCCGCUGCCGAUCUGCCCGGCGCAGCACUGCAACACGCGCUGGUGCACCCUGCCUUGCACCCCCAGGUCCCCCCUCCUCUAUCUAUCCCACACCCGACCGCUGCGUUGACCGCCAUGCAUGCGUCUCUGCCCCAUUUCCUGCCGUCGCCUGCGCUAGCCUCACCAGUGGGCUCCUCGCCUUCCUCUCAGCCCUGCAGCACAGCUCCGUGCUCCACACUCUUCGUGGCCAACCUUGGCCAGUUCGUCUCGGAGCAUGAGCUCAAGGAGAUAUUCGCAAGCUUCCCUGGGUUCUCUCGUCUGCGAAUGCACUCCAAAGGUGGGUCCCCAGUCGCCUUUGUAGAGUACCAGGACGUGCGCUGCGCUGCCCAAGCCAUGUCUACACUCCAGGGCUCUUUCCUGCUCUCCUCCGACCGGGGCGCUAUUCGAAUUGAGUACGCCAAAAGCAAAAUGUCCGAGGGAUCCUACAGGAGCGAAGAGAAUGGACAAUCUUAAUUACAACUACAUACAGGCAGCGCAGGUAGGAAACGCCACCUGACAGUGCUGCCCUCUAGUGGAGAUGGCCAAAGUGUAGAGCUCUCGGCUGGAUACGGUUACGGACACUGACGACAAACUCAGUUUUUAGUAGAAUCUCAUUUUGUCUAUGCAACAAGUUAACUCUUAACUAGUGGAUAUCAUUGAGUAGCCAGUAGACUGACUGUUGCUAUCGAAUGAGAGGCAUAUUAAAAAUUUAGUUUUUGUUAGUGCGCUUUGAAAAAAAGAAAUGUUUAAAGAAUUAAGUCCAUGUUUAGUAGAGCUAUCGCUAGAUGGAGUUUUGAAAAACCAAAGGUGCCCUAAAUGUUAUGCUACAUAGAUUUAUUAAUGGAACCCGUAUAAGGCUCUAGAUGAUAUUGUUUGAAAUUUAUUUACGAGGAAUACUAAGAGGCCUGUACUAUUUAUAACUAUAUUGCAAUUUUGUUAUGUACUAUACACGAGUUAUAACUGCUGUCUAAUAAAAAUCUUCUAGAAUUUCUCUGAACUCUGCUUUAAGAGAAAUGUAGUGAAAUAUUUUUUAAUAUGAAAUCUUCAUUUAGUUGAAAUUUUUACUCGACGAAGGAUGUCUGAAGGUAGGAUAAUUAGUUUUUGUGUUACUGUUGUUGUUAGUGGGUAUUGGAUGGUCUUAAUACUGUACAACUAUAACUCUGUGUUUAGAUCGAAUAUUUCGUGUCCUAGUUUUAUAUUAGAAGGUUAAAUGUCAGCUUGGACCUGGUGAAAGCUGCUUUAUCAAGAAACUGUUCGACGAUGUGAGUCCUCCCUUUGUAUCGCUGGAACCAAUAAUUUAUAUGUUAUUAAUGUUAUUUUGUUAAUUGUUAAAGAUCUUAGGAACACAAAUCUAAAUGUAUGUGAUAACUGACAAGACAUAUUUUUGUUACAUCGCUAUAGAUUUUGAUGUUUUAAACAUAGUAAUUAUUUAUAAUUCUUUGAUAAGUGUGAAUUUUAAAAUUAGUCAUCAUAGAAGUGUACAUUUCCUGCUGAACGAUUUAUUUGGCUGAUUUCAGAAAAUUAUCAUUUUAUCAAGACAAUGCUGUUUAUUUGCAGUAUUAAUUCCAUCUGUUUUCGUGUACGAUAAGCUAGGAAUAAAAUUUCUUGCAUUGAUACCAAAGUUUUGAUUGUUGUGAGUACCAAAGACCGGUGUGUAUCAUAUAAGACAUGUUUUCAUAUAAUGAUUGUUUGACAUUUUUAAUGUUUGUAUCCUUUAAAGGGCUUUUUGUGUUGGUUUAAAUUUUCUUAUAUACAUAUAGCAAUAAUAUUAUAUAUGGAUAUUUGACGGUUACGGGGAUCUGUGUCUAUUGAACGCACAUAUCACAUACGUCUGUAGGCAGUAGGAUCCCUCGACCACCCUGUAUAUAUUUGUAUGUCAGUACUUAAGGUGAUAAUUUCUACUAAUUCUAUGCUAGGCUGUUUUCUUUGAGUGUUGAGCUUAGAACUUUUGUUGUGAUAGGACAACUGUAAGUUGUCAUCGUGAUCAGGCUAAGUGUGUUUCAGAGCUUCUUUAAUGGUUCUUUUCAACACUUCACCUCAUCAAUUUAUAGCAGAUUUACAAAUAAUUCCUUGUUAAUGUAAUAAGUUACUGUGUUGGCUUGUUAUUCCGAGAGGGCUGGCUUGUUUAAGUUACCAACGUUUCCCUCCAAACCGGUUUUAUGUAAAUAUAUUUCUCAAUAAAAGGAGAAUUCAAUACAAAAUAAACACUGUUAUGUGAAGUAAUGAGGAGUCAUGUAAGGAGCGAAACACUUGUAUGUCAUUGUGGAAUUUGAAAAUUCAACCAAUCUCAUGGGUUAAUAACAUGCCUGCAAGGAUUUGCUUUGUUAUGGAACUAUUUACUAAAUAGAAUUGUAAAAGUAGUUGGUUUUGUGUACAUGUAUUAACAGACGUCUGAUAUUUUUGGAACGUAAAAUAACAUGAUGUCUCAAAACUUUUAUAACUUAAAUUAAAAAUAAGAAGAUAAUGUGUGAUCAUAAGUUGUCUUUAAAACUGUAUCCAUAUUAACUUAUUUAAAAUACUUCAUUUUAAUUUUUUGUACUAUGGAGUUAUUUUAUGAUAUUUUUAAUUGACUACUUCCUUAUUGUUAAAUUUUGAAAAUCACAAAAGAGAGUUUCUUCUACCUAAAUUAUUGUAUUAAUUUUUCAAUAAUUUUCUGUAGUUUGUUGUAAUAUUGCAUAUUGUAGUGUGUAGUAAUACUCCAAAGAAAUAUUUUAAACCAAUGAAAACUACUGUUUAUAAAAAUAAUGGUAAUUAUUAAAAACAGUAUAAUCAGGCCUGUUGAUAAUGAGUAAAAAACAAUGAUGUUUUAAUGUGGAAAACUUUUGAAAAUACAAUGUUAAUAAUUAAAUGUAUAAUCCAAUGUUAUAUAAUUAACAAGUUGUACCAUUUUUAAACAAAUACAAUGGAUUUGCUAUGUUACUGGGUCCUAGAUAUUUUCUAAUACAAAAGCAUAAUAAAUUCUAAAUUAGGACUAAUGCAGUCGUGGGGUUUUGAAUUUGUUAAAAUCAUUUUGUCGUUUUAAUAUAAGAAUUUGUAAUUUCCCAAAAUGUCCUUGCUUCUUGUAAAUUUUCUACUAGCAUAUAAUAAAUGGAAUAUUUUUGUGAUUAGGCCUACAGCUGUUGUGUCUCAUAUCUGAUAGCUAUGUGAAACAAAUUAUUAAAUGUAAUAUACUGUGUUUGGAGGUAAACUGUACAAUAUAGUCAACAUGGAUAAGAGGGUUAGUAUGAUAUAUACAUCUCUGUUUCUUCUAUGUACCCCAGUCACCCCAACCUGUUACAUAAUAAUAAAAGCCAGCCAAGGGCGGAUCCAGUCGUAAAUUUCAGAGGGGGCCACCUGAGUUCUAGUUUACACAUUAUUAAAAGCAGAAAAUGUUGCAUUUAAAUACAAGAAAAAUAUAAUUUUUAAAAAGAAAGGUACUCAUACUCAAGUUAAUUUUUUUGCCGUUACAAUACGAGAAUGAAUGUUUUUUCCCUCAAAAACGUCUUUUCCAAAAUCUCGGAGAGGGCCACGGCCCCCCAUGUCCCCUCCUCUGGGUCCGCCUCUGAAGCCAGCUAUAUAAAUUAAAACAACAUGAAGGACCUGUGAUAUACGUAGUGACACUCAGUCCAUUCUGUUCCUAUUGUUCAAGUGGCAGCAUAACAUGUUCGUACAACUGUAUUAUCCUUCAUCAAACAAUUAUGGAAAAAGAACAUAUUUAAAAUUACUGUAUAGUCAAUAAUAAUACACGCUAUUAACGAAUCAAUAAAAGCAAAAGCCCACAUAAUUCGAAGUACACUAUUUAGUUUCAGGUCGAGUUUUUACAUUGAAUUAUUAGCUUUAGUAAAUCUCUUAGACUGUUUUACAUGUCACUGAUUAGUUAAUUUGAAUCUCAAGUUUUAAUUUUUUACUUUAUAACAUUGAUAAAACUUCAAUAGUAUUUCUCAGAAUCUUUUACUAACAAACACCUAAAGUUUUAUAAACGGAUCUAAAAUAAUUCCAUGUUUUUAUAGAAUAUUUUUUAACCAUGAGACAUUUCCAAGACAACAAAAUACUAUCACCUUGAGACUUGCCAGACUAACAUAAACAAAAUAAGAAAAUAUUCCCUAUCCUAGAUGUACAGAUGUACCCCAGACAGAUGUACCCAAGUAAUUUGACUAAAUAAACUAGAUUAGUAAAUGAUUUUUAACAUAAAUUAAAUUACUUAAAUCUUUACUUUUCUUAUAUGAACUAUGUAAGUCCAAUUGUUUUUGUUAAUUAUAGUGUUAUAUUGUAACAUAAAUAUAAUUUUCAACAUAACAAUUUUGAAAUAUGGAGCAUUUUUAUCAAGAAUGUACCAUAAUUAAUUUUAUAAGUUUUUAAUAAUGAGCUAUCCAAUGUAUUCUCGCUUAAUAUUAAAAUGUUUUAAUUAUUUAUUACUUUUACUGGUUUCACAAAGGGAGAUUAUUACCUAUUUGUAUUUGACUUAGCAAAUGAUUGUUGGACCAGGACAACCACUUUAUUUGCAAUAUCGCAAUAACUAUUUUUAUUAAACUUUUAUUAAUGUCAGUAUAGAAUUAUUAUGCUGCCACUGUCUGCAAUUUCAUUUAGUAAUUCAGUGUUAAAAUCAACCAUUCCAUUUCUGACAUUUCUGUUGUUGUUAUUUCCCUACCUUACAUCAAAAUAUGUUAUAAAUUAUUAUAUUUAUGUUCUAUUAAACCACUGUUGUUGCCGUAUUUGUGUUAGAUGGAUUAUACUUGUGACAAAUGUAAAAGAUAGUUUAAGGCAUCUUAUCUAAGAAUAAUUUAUUUCAACAAAUGACUGAUUAUUACUGUGUAUCAAAGCAUUCCAUUUACAACCAAAAUAUUCAGUGGUUGAAAGUUCAAGACAUGAAUCUCAAAAGUGAUACAAAAGUGUACCUAAGUAAGAGCUUUUAUUAUUUUUGCUUCUAUUUAUUUAACUUUUCCGAGCUUAACUUUUGCCUUAGAGUCCUUGCCAGUAUAAUUGAGACCAAUGGAAAAUUUGUUUAAUCCAUGUAAAUAUGUAAUUUUAAUAUCGCUUUGUUGUUAAUUUUAUUUAAUUAGUCCAAUCAACAAUUAGUUAGUAUUUAUGCAUUUAUAAAAUGUUUUACCUCAAAGAAGCCUAAGCGAUUAGCAUAUUAACGUAAUGUUUUUAGAUCCGCCAAUAGUCAGGGUUAACUCAUAUCCUUCUCAGUCCGAAAUAUACCAAAGACCUGAAGCAUGGAGCAACUUUCUCUUUCGAAGCCAGAGUUAAGUUAUGAAACUUGUAUUUAAUGUUAACCAAAUAUAUUAUUAUUGUAGUUUUAGGUAUAGUUUAUAAUGCUUUGUGUGUGUAAGGUGUGAUGUAAAAUGUAGAUUAGUAGUUAUUAAUGUUAUUCGGGAGAUUUGAGUCUACCCGGUAAGGCAGACACGAUCGACAAAUUGUCCGAGAAACUGUAGCUGAGGGCCUUACUGGAGUCAAACUCCCGACGUACACGGGGAGACAUCCUCCGAGACUGUACCGUUUCCUCAAGUCCACUCACGUCUCACUCAUCCCUCAGUGUCACACCAAUUUGGUUAAUUUUAUUACUAUUUUCAAAUUUGCACGAACCUUCAGAGCACGUCGUAUGUACAAUACACCGUCGAUGAAUAAAUUAAAAAUAACGUAACACUAUUGUGAUAUAAAAUUAAAUUGUUACUUUUUUAAAUAAAGAUUUAUACAUCUAUGACAAUCAUUAAAAGUUAACGAGUGGCCAGUAGUAGCACAAGUGAAUGUGUAAAAUGCACAGCGAAACGGCACAGUCCGGUGGAGAUUCCUGUGGAAAUAUCCGUCCAUAACUGCAUGUCUUUUCUGAGCCAUGUGAAUUAUCAUCAUUGACACUCAGCUCAAACCAGGUACAGGGGCAUUUACCCCCCCAGGGGUGUGUGAGAAUCACCAAACAUACAUAUCAGCUUAGGUUAGGAGAAAUAAAUGUUUCUACCCGUUUCAAUGUCUAUUUGUAUCGUGUAAGAAGAGGGUCUUCUAAACGUGUCUUGUGAUCGAAGAUCUUCACAUGAAUGUAACAAAUAGUUCACAGCGUAUAACCUAGCAAUAUUCAGUGUCUUGUUAGGUAACAUACUAAUUUAAUAAUUAUGUGAAGAUCUUCAUCCGGAAACAACUCAAUUAUUAUUGUUCAUGUGGAGUAAUGUUGAUGGCAUAGACUGUAUUGCGGUUUAGUUGAGGCUCACUCACAAUUGUAACAUUAAAUGUGUAACCUGUCACCUAACCUCUAAUCCAGUACAUGAUAUGAUCCUAGUCCUUUACUAAAUGUUCGUCAUUUAAUUUUUUUCUGUUCACCUCUUCUGAUACAACCGAUACUACAGUCUAUUUUUGUACAGAGACUACUAUCGUACGAAUGACUCCUACUUGACUUUUGUUUGACAUUGUAUGUUUUGGACCCUUACGAGUGCCUGCAUGUUACAACUGGUGAGCCUCAAUCCUUGUUUGGUGUCAAGGGUUGGUGCCCAGCCGUGUCACAGGAACCAAUGUGAUGACACAUCAGCCUUCUUUCAAACUGUGUCAGGCCGGGCCCGACAAAAACACCACUAUCAAAACAUAUCAUGAUUUGUGCCCCCAAGACAAGUGUAACAUUCUUAAAUCAUUAGCGAGUUAUGUAAGAAAUAUAUUGAUCGUAAGAAAUAAUACAAGUAUAAGAAAGAUUUGAUAACAAAGUAGAGGUAUUAAUACUAGUUUCUGCUAUCUUAGAUUCUGUACUGUAACAUCUUUGAACAUGUCUGCUUUGUGGAGCCUGAGUCUCUUUUAUGGAAACAUCUUGCAAUAUUCGACUCAAAUAUUAAAAAAGAAGUGUACAUGUGUUUCAAAUAAACAUCAUAAAAAUA